AUGGCUAACCCGCGGAUCGAGGAGGUGGACGACGAUUCGAUGGCCGAUGAUCCAGAGGAGAUGGACUUGGACGCCUUCGACUUUGCGAGGCCGCAGGGAGGGUCACUGGUACAAACAAUGCCGCAGAUGAGCGACAAUGAACGCGAGAGGCUACAGCGGGAGCAGCAGGAGAAGAGCAAGAGCUUCCAGUGCAUCUAUCCCGUCUACUUCGACAGCACACGGAGCCGUGAGGGGGGUCGGAGGGUGGCCAAGGAGGAUGCGAUACCCAAUCCUUUGGCUCGCGAGAUCGUUGAUGCGCUGUCACAUAUAGGGAACACGCACAACGUUGGCUUGCAAAUUGUGUUCGAGCCAACGAAGACGCAUCCCAAGGAUUGGGCGAAUCCUGGGCGGGUGAAGGUGGAGGUGAAGAGGGAUGGCAAACCAGUCAGCGCGAAGAUCCAGAACAAACAUCACCUGUACAAGAUGAUCGCGGACUAUCUGAAGUCGCACCCAACGACUGAAGACAUGCCGACGAAGUUUCGUCUGCAAGGCAUGCCGAUGCCGAAAGACAAACAUACGGCUCCAUCGAUCCCUCGCGGAUCUAAAAUGGGCACUAUCCUGCCACUCCACUCACCUGCCCUUUCUGGCGGUGGUGUGUCGGAGAACUUCCUCAAAGACAUGAUGGCCGAGAUGGGGGGCCAACUUCCUCCAGGCAUGGCGGGCUUGGGUGGUGGAGAGGCGCCUGGCCAGACACAGAAAAAGGUCAAGGACAAGAAGAAGAAAUGA